ACCAUUUCUCACUUGCCGCAGAGCCUAAGCCUCUUCACAGAGAGAGACCGAAGAAGAAUGGUUUCCGGUUCAGGGAUCUGCGCCAAGCGCGUGGUAGUGGACGCGCGCCACCACAUGCUCGGCCGGUUGUCGUCUAUAAUCGCCAAAGAGCUUCUGAACGGCCAGAAGGUGGUGGUGGUUCGGUGCGAGGAGAUCUGUAUCUCCGGUGGGCUUGUGAGGCAGAAGAUGAAGUACAUGCGCUUCUUGCGUAAGCGUAUGAACACCAAGCCUUCUCAUGGUCCUAUUCACUUUCGCGCUCCUGCUAAGAUUCUCUGGCGCACCAUUCGUGGGAUGAUUCCGCACAAGACAAAGCGAGGAGCUGCUGCGCUAGCUCGGUUGAAGGCUUAUGAAGGAGUUCCCCCUCCUUAUGAUAAGAUUAAGAGGAUGGUUAUUCCUGAUGCUCUCAAGGUCUUGAGGCUUCAAGCUGGACAUAAGUACUGUCUAUUGGGCAAGCUCUCAUCUGAGGUUGGAUGGAACCACUAUGACACCAUCAAGGAGCUUGAGAAGAAGAGAAAAGAGAGGGCACAACUUGCAUAUGAGAGGAAGAAGCAGUUGAACAAACUGAGGGUGAAAGCUGAAAAGGUUGCUGAGGAGAAACUAGGUUCCCAUCUAGAGAUCAUUGCUCCUAUCAAAUAUUGAUUGUUAGGCGUCUUUUAAGAUGAAAAUGUUGUGGAGGUUCGAUGACUUUUCACUGGCAGUGUUCAGUUUUGGUUUUGAUUAUGAUACUAGACCUUUACUUUUGAUGGU